AUGUCUAUCUCACCUCUGGCUUCCUCCUCUCAACAGAAUACCGCUCCUCGAAGCCGUCUUGAUCAUAUCGCCGAUGCCUUUUUCCAUCCCUUCUCUAGCAAAGCACUCGACCUACUCCCCCGCGGAGGACAAGGAUGGCGAGCAAAGAGUAAACGAGCGGAUCGUAUACCGGAUGAUCCGGACCGAAGUCGAGUGGCUGAUUAUCAUUCCAUUAAUCAACCCACUAUGACCAUCCGAGUACCGAAAAAAAUAUCAACUCCCGUAAAGGUAGAAGCGAAAGUAUGGUUCGCUAAUGAAAGAACAUUCAUUUCGUAUCUCUCCAUGGGUGUACUAUUAGCAACCAUCGCCUCGGGACUCUUGUUUGGGGCCCGAGAUUCUCGGGCUAGAUACUUUGCCCUGCCUAUGCUUUCAUGUGAUUCCGCCGCUGUUCUGAUAUACGGCUGGGCUAUCUUUCAAAAACGAUUGACCAUGAUAUCUGCUAGAGAUCCUCGUAGCUUUGAUCUACUGGUUGGACCGCUGCUCAUCUGUGCCGCUUUAUUCAUUGCCGUCUUGGCCAACUUCAUCUUCCGUCUGCAAGAAGCUCGUCAACACACAAAUCUGAACCCGCUUUCAUUUCAUGUGGCAUGGGCGAUGGCUCAGAGCAAGUCAGGAAUGUCUAUAGUCCAGUGA